CUCCCUUGUUGUACCACUCGUUCCUCUUCUUCACCCACAAAAUCCCCAAAUCAACAAGCAGACACAAACCCUAACCUUGACCCUCAAACCCUCAAAAAUCCUCCAAAAACCCGCCAAAUUAGCCAAAACCAAGACCGAACCAGCAAUGGUGUGCAUUCGCAAGGCCACCAUAGAUGACCUUUUGGCCAUGCAGACCUGCAACCUCUUCUGCCUGCCUGAGAACUACCAGAUGAAGUACUACCUCUACCACAUCCUCUCAUGGCCUCAGCUACUCUACGUGGCUGAGGACUACAAUGGCCGCAUCGUCGGAUACGUUUUGGCCAAGAUGGAGGAAGAGAGCAACGAGUGUCACGGCCACAUCACGUCCUUGGCUGUGCUGAGGACGCACCGCAAACUCGGCUUGGCCACGAAGCUCAUGAGCGCUGCUCAGAACGCGAUGGAGCAGGUGUUUGGGGCGGAGUAUGUUUCGCUGCACGUGAGGAAGAGCAAUAGGGCGGCGUUUAAUUUGUACACGGAGACUUUGGGGUACAAGAUUCAUGAUGUGGAGGCGAAGUACUAUGCGGAUGGGGAGGAUGCGUAUGACAUGAGGAAGCAGCUGAAGGGGAAGCAUGGCCAUGGUCAUGGUCAUGGUCAUCAUGACCAUGGGCACGGGCACGGGCAUGGGCAUGGGCACGGGCAUGGGCAUCAUCAUGAGCACGGUGGUGGGUGCUGUUCUGGGGUGGAGGGGAAGGUUAUUGGGAAGAAAGAGGCGAAGGCUAUGUGAUGGUGGUGAGAUAGAGAGGUAAAGGUAAAGCUUUUUGAUGAAUUGGGGAUUUGUGGAAGUUGGUAUCUUUUUUGUUUGUUUGGUUGCUUUUAUGAGGAAUAAUGGAUGAUAUGACUAAAUUUACUAUGAUGGGCAUGGAUUGAUGGAUGUGUAAUGUUAUUUUCACUUCUAUUGUGUAGGUUGUACUGGUUUCUAUUGCCAAGUUACAUCAUUUUAGAAUUUUUGGUA